AUGGUCGCCCCGGAACUCUUCUGGCCUUUGGAUCCCCCGGCUAAUUACCGCCCGUCGUGGCCCCGCCUCACGUCCGUCAUCAUCGACUACGUCAACUAUACUGCGUCCGGCCGGUACUUAUUCGACCCGGACCCGGAGUGGUACGAGCUAGAUCCGACUUGGGGGAGACGCGAUGCUCCCCGGAUCAAGCCCGUGCAUGGGCUUCUCAAUGAUCUAUAUCGGGCUGCGGGGAGAGCUGCGCAGUACAUGCCGAAGCUUGAACUGAUGCUUUUGGAGUCAGACAUUUGGAAUCAGCCGGAUACAGUUGAUGAAUACGGUGAGCGUAAGUCGCCGGGUCAUUUGUUUAUAUAUCGGAGGGAUAGGGCGUAUGUGUUGUGGGCUAGCUCGAGCGAGUUUGAGAUCGAUCCUAAUGUGAGAGAGGUUUGGGAGGAGGUUGCGAGAAAACAUGGGAUUCCGCAGUGCUUAAUCCUGAAUCAGCGGCAAGAUCAGGUUUCAGUUCACCCAAACUACUUUGAUGGCGCUGGAAUUGCCGGGGCAGGAUGA